AUGAAAGCCCUCGCGAAACUUCAAGCAGUCGCGAUAAAGUUCACUGACGAAGAGAAAGCGUAUUUCAAAUCGCAUCCGUAUGUCCCAAUGUUUGAGGCAGUAUUUAAUCUCAAUAAACAGGCCCCGUUCAUCGCGAUGGUGCGCCAGAUUGCAGGAGAGCAACUGAAAGAUCAAGUCGACCAACUGGAAGGUAUUCUUCCCGAGUUGGUGGAUGUAAAAAUACUCGAGGAACUGCCAAAAUCACUAGGUAGUUUAAAUGCUAGCUUUCAUUCUACAUUUUCGGGUGGGAGUGAAUGGAGGUUGCAGUUAGCUGCGGCUUAA